CCGGUCCGCGUAGCGCCGGACAGCAGGCUCCCGGUCAUCGAGCUCCGGAUCGGCGGGCCCCGAGUCGGCGCGGUCAGCGGACUCCCGGUCAGCGCGGCGGCCAUGGAGGAGCCUCCGGACGGGGCCGCCGCGCCCGCCGCCCCCGGGACCGCGAGAUCCAAGCUGGACACUCUGCCCAAGGAAGAGCUUAUCAAGUUUGCCAAGAAGCAGAUGCUGCUGCUACAGAAAACUAAAUCAAGAUGUACAGAAUUAGAGAAAGAAAUUGAAGAAUUCAAGUCAAAGCCUGUUGUUGGAGGUACUGAUGAUAUUAUUAAGGCCCUGACUGAACGUCUGGAUGCUAUUCUUCUGGAAAAAGCAGAGACUGAGCAGCAAUGUCUUUCUCUGAGGAAGGAAAAUACUAUAAUGAAGAAAGAGGCUGAGGAUUCUGUAAUUAAGAUGGAAGAUUUGCACAAGGAAUUUGAACAGUCAAAAAAAUACUAUGUGAAAGAAGUGGAGAAUCUGAAAAAUGAAUUAAUGGUGGAAUACACUAGAUACGGUGAAGAUAAAGCUAGCUUGCAAAAGGAACUGGAAGAAGCAACAAAGAAACAACUAGAGCUUUCAGAACAACUAAAAUUUCAGAAUGACUCUGAAGAUAAUGUUAAAAGACUACAAGAAGAGAUUGAGAAAAUUAGACCAAUGUUUGAGGAGCAAAUUUUAAAUCUGCAAAAGCAAUUAGAAGCUGCCACAGAUGAAAAGGACCAAGAAAUUACUCAUCUCCAAGAAGUCAUUGAAGCUAAUUCUCAGCAUUACCAAAAAGAUAUUAAUAUUUUGCAAGAAGAACUUUUACAGUUACAGGCUACACACCAAGAAGAACUGAAAAAAUUGAUGUUCCAGAACAAAGUAUCUGCUAAAGAACACAAAGCAGAAGUAGAUAAUGUAGACCACAUGGUCAAACAACAUGAGGAAAGUGAGAAGAACAUUCAGUGUCAAAAUGAAUGUGAAUUAGAAAACUUAAGGAAAGCUUCAAAUGCAGACCAAGAAAAUCAAGCGUGUUACUUACUCUUACAGGAUGAUGAACAAGACGUAAAUAAAAAGAUCAAACUCUUAGAAGACACUUUACGAGAACUGGAGUCUCAACAUAGUAUCUUAAAAGAUGAGUUAACUUACAUGAAUAAUCUUAAAUUAAAAUUUGAAAUUGAUGCCCAACAAAUAAAGGAUGAAUUUUUUCAUGAACGGGAAGAUUUAGAAUUUAAAAUUAAUGAAUUAUUACUAGCCAAAGAAGAAUAUGGCUGCGUAAUUGAACGGUUAAAAUCUCAGCUGGAAGAUUCAAAUAAGCAACUUUGCCAUAUUGUAGAGCAACAUAACAAAGAAGUACAGCAUCUUAAGGAAGAACAUAAAAAAGAAAUGUCAGAACUAAAUGAGACAUUUGUAUCUGAUUCAGAAAAAGAAAAGUUAGCAUUAAUGUUUGAAAUACGAGGUCUUAAGGAACAAAAUGAAAAUCUACAGCAAGAGAAGCAAGAAGCAAUUUUAAAUUAUGAGAGUUUGCGAGAGAUUAUGGAAAUUUUACAAACAGAACUGGGGGAAUCUGCUGGAAAAAUAAGUCAAGAGUUUGAAUCCAUGAAGCAGCAGCAAGCAUCUGAUGUUAGUGAACUUCAACAAAAACUCAGAACUGCUUUUAAUGAGAAAGAUGCUCUUCUUGAAACUGUGAACCGUCUCCAGAGAGAAAAUGAAAAGUUAUCACAGCAGGAAGUUGUGCCAGAAUUUGAAAGUAUCAUAAAGAACCUUCAGGAAAAGAAUGAAGUAUAUUUAGUUAGUCUCAGUCAAAGAGAUGCCAUAUUAAAAGAAUUUGAAGCAAAGAUAAGUUCUCUUGCUGAGGAAAAAGAUGAUUUCAUAAGUAAAAUGGAAAGUUCUCUUGAAGAAAUAGAUGACCUCCAUAAAAAAUGUGAAAGGGAAGAAAGAUUGAAUAUAGAACUUAGGGAAAAGAUGGAACAAAGUACUAAAUACAACAGUGAACUAGAAAAAAAAGUAAAUGAGUUAAUGGAAAGGCAAGAAGAAACUUCAAAAGAUAAGGAUCAAAGUGACAAAAAAGUAGAAGAGCUUAUGAUUCAGUUAAAAAUUCUCUCUGAAGACCAGGCAGCGCUGUCAUCUGAAAUGAAAUCUCUUUAUGAGGAAAAUAGUAGAUUGACUUUAGAAAAAAAACAACUGAGUAAGGAUUUGGAAGCCCUCCUCUCUCAAAAAGAAGGUGAUACUAUGCUUAAGGAACAAAUUUCUGAAUUAGAAAAGAAACUUAUGUUAACAAUUGAAGAACGAGAUAAUUUAAAUAAAUGUUUUGAAAAUGAGCAAGUUCAGAAGUUAUUUAUCAAAACCCAGUUGGAUGAAUUUUUAAAACAAAUGGAAUUAAAGGUUUCAGAAGACAAGGAGCAAGAUGUUGCAAGUGUCCUGAAAGCUAUAGGUGAAUCCUUCACUAAAAUAAGUGAGGAAAAACAUAAUUUGGCUUCUCGAUAUGAUGAAAGAAUAAUAGAAUUAGAGAAAAAGAUUAAGUGUCUUCAAGAAGAAAACAGAGUUCAGUGUGAGGAACUUAGGUCUUCAUUGAGAGACUCUGAGCAAGAGAAUGUACUCUUAAGAAAAGAAUCGAAAGAAACCCUGUCAGAAAAAGAGGUCCUACAGUUUAAUCUGUUAGAAAUGAAGAACGCUCAUGAAAAAACAAGGCUUGAAAAUCAAGAUCUUUUACUUCAAAUUGAAGAUGCAUCUCAAAAAUUUUAUAGGACAAAUGAAGUUAAUGAAAAAGAAAAAUCUUUAAUGAAGGAAUUUGAAAACCUAAAGCCAUUACUAGAACAGAAAGAGAAUGAAUUGCAGGAUGUGAGAGCAGAGUUGAAACUAUUACAGGAUUCCAUACAGAAAUCACCUGUAGAAAAUGAUCAGCCUUCUUCACUAAAAGAACUGGAAGAAAGAAUAGGAUGUCUAGAAAAAGAAGCCAGAGAGAAAGAGGAGAAAAUAAGUAAGAUUAAACUGGUAGCUGUGAAGGCAAAGAAAGAACUAGAUUCUAGCAGAAAAGAGGCCCAGGUGCUACGGGAAGAGCUUGAAUCUGUUAGAUCAGAAAAGGAUCAGUUGUCUUCAUCCAUGAGAGAACUCAUUCAAGGAGCAGAAAGCUAUAAGAAUCUCCUAUUAGAAUAUGACAAACAAUCUGAACAGUUGGAUGUGGAAAAAGAACGCGCUAAUAAUUUUGAAUGCCAUAUAGGAGACCUUACUCGACAGUUAAAGAAUUUGACUUUUCAGUGUGAAAAAUUAAAUUCUGAUAAUGAAGAUCUCCUAGCUCGUAUUGAGACUUUACAGUCUAAUUCCAAGUUACUAGAAGUACAGAUUUUAGAAGUUCAAAGAGCCAAAGCAAUGGUGGACAAAGAGUUAGAAGCUGAAAAACUUCAGAAAGAGCAGAAAAUAAAGGAGCAUGCCAUUUCUGUAAGUGAACUUGGAGAACUUCAGCUCCAGCUUCAAAAUGAAAAGAAACAGUUUCAGAAAACCAUGCAAGAAUUAGAGCUUGUUAGAAAGGAUGCCCAGCAAACUACGUUGAUGAACAUGGAAAUAGCUGAUUAUGAACGUUUGGUGAAAGAACUAAAUCAAAAGCUAAUUAAUAAAAACAGCAAGAUAGAAGAUUUGGAACAAGAAAUAAAAAUUCAAAAACAAAAACAAGAAACCCUGCAAGAAGAAAUGACUUCACUACAGUCUUCCAUGCAACAAUCUGAAGAAAAAAAUGCAAAAAUCAAGCAGUUGCUUGUGAAAAUCAAAAAAGAACUGGCAGAUUCAAAGCAAGCUGAAACUGAUCACUUGAUACUUCAAGCAUCUCUAAAGAGUGAACUGGAGGCAAGCCAGCAGCAAGUAGAAGUCUAUAAAAUUCAACUGGCUGAAAUAACAUCAGAGAAACAUAAAAUUCACGAGCAUCUCAAGACUUCUGCAGAUCAGCACCAACGGACACUGAGUACAUACCAGCAGAAAGUGACAAGUCUUCAGGAAGAGUGCCGUGCAGCCAAGGCAGAACAAGUUGCUAUAACCUCUGAGUUUGAGAGCUACAAAGUCCGAGUUCAUAACGUUCUAAAACAACAGAAAAUUAAAUCUGUGUCUCAGGGUGAGACUGAGGAAGCCAAACAAGAAAGAGAACACUUGGAAAUGAUGAUUGACCAACUAAAAAUCAAAUUACAAGACACCCAAAAUAACUUACAGGUUAGCUUAUCUGAACUUCAAACUUUACAGUCGGAACAUGAUACUCUGCUUGAAAGACAUAACAAGAUGCUACAAGAAACUGUGUCCAAAGAGGCAGAACUUCGGGAAAAGUUGUGUUCAAUACAGUCAGAGAAUAUGGUUUUGAAGUCUGAUCAUGCACAGAUUGUGAGCCAGCUGACGUCCCAAAAUGAGGUCCUUCGCAGCAACUUCCGAGAGCAAGUACGACGAUUGCAGGAAGAACACAGGAAGACAAUGGAAACUUUACAGCAGCAACUCACCAAGGUGGAAGCUCAGCUUUUCCAGUUGAAGAGUGAGCCAAGUAUUAGAAGCCCAGCUUCUUCUCACCAACCUUUGAAGAAUCUUCGGGAAAGGAGGAACACAGACCUUCCCCUUCUGGACGUGCACACCCUUACCCGGGAAGAGGGGGAAGGAAUGGAGACAACGGACAAUGAGUCUAUGUCUUCCACUGGCACUCACACACAGUCACUGGAGCAGCUGCUUCACUCUCCAGAAAUGAAACUCGAGCCUCCUUUAUGGCAUGCUGAAUUUACCAAAGAAGAGUUGGCUCAAAAGCUUAGUUCCACCACAAAAAGUGCUGAUCACUUAAACAGCCUGCUUCGGGAAACGGAAGCUACCAAUGCAAUCCUCAUGGAGCAGAUUAAGCUUCUCAAAAGUGAAAUAAGAAGAUUGGAAAGAAAUCAAGAACGUGAGAAGUCUGUAGCUAAUCUGGAAUACUUGAAGAAUGUCUUACUGCAGUUUAUUUUCCUAAAACCUGGGAGUGAAAGAGAGAGGCUUCUUCCUGUUAUAGAUACAAUGUUGCAGCUCAGCCCAGAAGAAAAGGGAAAACUUGUUGCAAUAGCUCAAGGAGAAGAAGAAAAUGCUUCUCGUUCCUCUGGAUGGACAUCCUAUUUGCAUAGCUGGUCUGGACUUCGAUAGAUUUAUGGAAAAAACAUUAUUCAUUAAACCAAACCCAGUUGGCGAAAAGAAGGUGGUUCAUAUCUAUGGCUGUAACUCUUUUCAAAAAGUAUAUAUACUCAUGUCUGUACACACAUACAUAUAUAUGUACAUACAUGUAUUUGAACAAACAUGUGUCAGGUAUAUUGAAAGUUUCCAGUUAAAGUAAGAGUUAGCCGGAAAUGUUGGUCCUGUCCUUUUAUCUCAUCUUCCAAGUAUGCUGCUAGAAGUGAAAAAUAUCAAGAACUAAUUCACUCCCUCCCCUGGAAUCUCAAGACCCACCUCUGUGAAACAUAAAUUUUAAAUUUUAAGUUAAAUUUUUGGCACUACACCAACUGAAAAAAUCAGACUUUAAAAAUAACAUCACAUUACUAUUGUAAGGCAGACAUGCAGUUACAUUUUUAUAAAUUGUCAAUAUUUUGUUAGAAUAUGAAGGAAAAUUACUGGUAUAGUUGAUGUUUUAUUAAGGGACUGUAAGAAUGCUGCAGUUAUUUGAAACUAAGUUAAAGUAUAACUUUGUUAGGAUUUCAGACUACACCUGGCAGGUGCUUGAGGUUAUUCCAUGCUUUGUGCUCAGGGAUCACUCUAAGCUACUUCCAGUGUGUGUGUGUGUGUGUGUGUGUGUGUGUGUGUGUGUGGAGGGGCAGGGAGCCAAGGUCGGCCACAUGCAAGGCAAGUGUCCUACCCACUAUGAUCUCUCUGGCCCCAGAACUUAGUUUACUUUUCAAUAAGCUCUUAGAGUAUUUCAAAACUCAGUUUUAGAAGAUUUGCUGUUAAUUAUCUUGUGAACUGAUGGGACUAUUUGAUUGCCUGGGGUAAUUUCAUGAGUUCUCUUUAGACUCUUGUUAGGGAUAAAUGCUUGUGUGUGUAGUGCGAAGAUGACAUGCAGGACCUCACACAUGUGAAGCACUCGCUAGCCACUGGUCUUCGUCUCUCGUCCAGCUUGGCUACUUCUGAGCCUGAGUCUGUUUUGAGAAUUCUCUCAUCUCCUAAUAAAAAUCUACAGACUGUCUUACUCGGCAUUGUAUCUCAAUAGGAACCUGGUGCUUCCCAUCAGAAGAAAUUCUAGAAUAACACCUUUAGAUAUCAGUGCUGUAUGUUAACAGUUCUUAGCUCAAGAUGGUGGUAUAAUAACCUAUAAUUUAACUGACUAGUUAAAAAUUGUGUACUUUAAAUCAUAAAUUUGAUGACUGUUUUUAACUUUUGUUUAAAAUUCACAUACAGUCUAUGUAUGUGAGGUUCUCUUUCAAUUCUUCCAAUUUAGUUCUAGUUUUCAGACUCAGCUGGUGAACCAAUACUAGUAUAUUAAUCAGAACAUCAGUUUCUAGUUUAGUUUUAUUUAAUUUGCUGCUGAUGUAUUUUGUUGUAGCUCCUACAUCGUUCCUCCUGUUUUGAAAGAUGAGACGUAACUUGUGAAUGUAUUAAUGAAUAUUGGGUCUGUUAGAGAUCUAUUUUGUUUAGCAUUUUUUGUUUAGCUUUUUUACUACAUAAACUGUGAAUAUAAAUGUAUCUGUAAAAUAAAUUGUAAGUAAUAGUAUUUUAAAAAUCAUUUUUCUCAUUAUGCCAUUUUAGUGUAUAUAAACUUGUUUUGAAAAAAAUCUUUUCUAAUGGAUAUAAUAAUGAAAACACUUUGGCAUGUUAAAUUAUCAUGAUAUGAAUAUUAUUUCUUGGUUCCAGAAAUGAGGGAAUAUAAUUAUUUUAAUAUUUUGAUUAAAUUAUUAAGUGUACAUUACA